AUGUUAUAUAUACCUAAAAUUGCACAUGUUAGACCAAUAUAUUUACAAUAUGACAAAGAACCAAAUUUGAUCACCGCUGAAAUAGAUUUUGUUGAGGGUGGAAAAUACCGUUCAAUUCUGACAGCUGAACAGUCUUAUGAUAUUUCAAUUGAUUUGUAUGUUCCUGCUUCAGAAACUAAUAUUGGAUUAGGAAAUUUUAUGAUUUAUUUGAGAUUAACUGAUUCGGGGAAUCAGACAGUUAUAGAAUCAUAUCGACCUGAAAAGCCAGUAACGAAGGCAUUCCUUUCUAUUUCAAAUAAACAACUUAACACUUACAAUGCACAGAUUCGAUUGGACGCUCAUUUUAGAGGGUUACGUUACUUCAUGUAUUAUCAUCAAGCUUCGACAGCUGUUGCAUUCAUAUCAUUAUUUCUUUUCUGGGAAAUAUUCGCUUCAAUACUUGCUUGGAGAUUAUUGGUUUCCUGGAUACAAAAUAAUAUGCAACCUUUAAUUGUACCAACUAAGAAUAUUCCACAAACCGAAAAUGUUGGUGUUCUAGUUCGUCGUAAUAAUGUAUCAGUUGGAAUGAAUGAAGAAUUAACGGAAAAUGGAAAUGAAGAAUCUAAUAUUGGUUCUUCGUCAACAGGUAGAACCACAGCAGCAGCUAUUAGUAGUAAUACGAGAGUACAUAGAAGAAAUAUUGGUGGUGGAAAUGAAACUAAUGAACAAUGA